CCGCGGUCCUCUCUCUGGUUUGCCCUCAACUUCUCCUCCAUUUGCAUCUGCUGCAUGUCUGUGUUGCGGCAGUGGCGCUGGAAAUGGGUCAAGGCCAGGAAGUGAAGACCAGAAAUGAUCCCCAAGUCGAAAUUCAGGAAAGAGGGGAGAUAUUCUUCUUCUAUAGGCCCAAGGUGGAGAGAGAAGCAGCUCAUGGUGCCGACGACGUGCAGCGCUUUUACAUAGUCCUCCGCCCUGAGUCCAGAGAGAGGCCUGUCGAGGAGAAGCAAGAUCCCCACUCCGGCACGGAAGGUGCCGACCCCAAUUCCAGUGACAAGGCCACCGUGGAAGGUGGCCACGGUAGCCAGGAGGUGAACAUCGAGAAGCAGGCGCUGUUGAGGUUGAUAGUGAUGGGGAAGAAGAGUCUUCCAGACCCGAGCAAACGGAGCCGACCCCAAUGGGGAUUUGUGGAGAUGGUCACCACCAAGAUCGAUGAUGUCAAGUUGGCUCUUAAAGCAGAGGAGUAUGACACUUCCACAAGGGGACACCGCCACACGGCUGCAGCCAGAGCGUUGGGGGAGGGAGUGUACCGCAUACUUAGACACAAAUCUAGGAGGAAGAAAGCACACACGCAUCUCAUAUACAAGCUCGAAUUCCCUCCAGAAGAUGCGAAGCAGGAGCCCCGGGAGUCGCUCAACGUCGAAAGAGAAGGCUCCUUCCUUAUCCAGAUCAAGAACCCCGACCAGCAUAAUGCCGGCCCUUCCCAGUUCAGGGGACUCCAGAGCAAGCGCAAGGCGGUGUUCCCCGCCCACCUGCAAGGGCAGUUCGGGCAGCUGAGGUACAGCCCGGCCGACCCGCCGGACUUCCUAAACUAUGAAGGGUGUGAGUUGCUCCUGAUAUCGGCAUCGGAUGACAUAGAGGAGGAGCUGGGGCUGGAGCUCAAAGCAGAAGGAGAGGUCGAUCCCUCCUGCUCCGAUCUGCUCGAGACGUUCGGGGAAACUGCACCCGUGGAUGCUCUCCUCAGGGGCACCUGGGUCUGAAAUUCAAUCUUUUGGACACUUUUUGGUCUGUGUUUAGCUAGGAGACCCGUUUAAUGUUACAACUGUAGUUGGGCAUGUAAUAUAUUCGGCACCCCUAAUGCCAAUCUAGCAAUAUAAUCUAAUUUCAUCGGCCCAAA